CCCAACUGAUGAGUUGAUGGCAGAUUUACUUGGAGUAGAUCAGGGACAAGAAAUGACUGAUGAACAGUCUGAUAAAGAUCAGGAACAACUUCAGUUAGAAGUCCUCAGCGAUUAUGCAGUCUUGUAUACUCACCCCACUAAGUGGUACUUAGGACGAGUCUUGGAAGCUCCGACUGAUGAAGGAGUUCGCAUGAAGUUUCUGGAGCAGAGAGGCGUCAGCAAUUCCUUUUCCUGGCCGAAGACUCCUGAUGUGGAAUUUGUGGACCCGCUCUAUGUAUUUCAUGGACCUGUCAACUUGAAUGGACACCAUUCAUUCACUGUUGACAAAGAGGAGUUUAGGGCUAUCAAUGAGAAAUACAAAAAUAUUAGAAAAAAAAGCAUGUUAAGAUAAUUGUUGUAUGAGGAGUUAAUGUCCCAUAAAUGACAAUUUCCCAAUAGUGACAUGUAUUUUUGUACUGGUACUAUGAAGUACAUGUAUAGCACAGUAGGUGUUAAUUGACUUUCUCAUUGUUUGACUGUCUCAAAGUAGUAGAUCUUGUUAAAAUUUGAUAUUCAUUCUAUUCAUAUUUUAAAUCUAACUUUUGGUGCAUGCAUAAUUCUUGUCAUUCUGUUUAAGCCAUAUGUGUAGGCCUACAUGUAGAUCACUUUGUGCAAUAGUCAGUAGUCGUAGUGAAUUACUGAAUUUUAUCAAAUUACUACAUGAAGUAUUAUAGGGGCCCAUGCCCCUUUAUUCUCAAAGUCAUGUAAAAUGUUUCUGGGCCACAAGUCUUUGUUCUGCCUCUCCUACACAUAGACAGAGAGUAGACCCCUAUGUGGUUAAGGUAGUGAAGCGCCAUCUGCUGGGCUUGUUCGUGUUAAGUGCAGGUGCUUAAUAAAGUUAUCAGGUUUUGAAUCAUCCAUCUUGAAGCGGUCUCUCAAGCCUGAUCAGUCUGUUCCACAGUGCUCUGCAGGAAGCAUAAUCUGUAAGUUUGUUUGAUUUUACCAGAUAUUUGAACCAUUGUUGAUAUCAUUUAGAACAGCAGAAGAACAUUUUGAGGAUGUCUAUUUAGGCUUAUUUGAUUUAUUGUGUCUGUAUUCAUGCAGUCAUGUUCGCUGCAGUAUUUUUUAUUUCAUUUGUGGUAACUGUAUUUUAAGAGUAAUUCUCUAUUUCUUUAUAUUGUUUCACAGUUUUACACGGCUGCCAUUAAAACACCUAAAGUCAGCUCCUGUCUUGGGUUCUUCAUGGGAGAGUGUUUAGGCCACUGCAUAGCUAUGUACGCAAACACAUAGUGAGGGCAGCAGAGUAAAAAGAUUAUUUUCACCGUAAGAGCAUCUCUGCAGGCGGACACUCCGCAUCUCUGCUCUGAGCAACAUGUCAGCAACGCCUAAGCCUAGCGAACAUGGUGACGAGGAAGCCAGGUCAGAAUGCAAUGCAUCAUUACCAGCAUCUAGACGCUCCAGAAAGUCUAGUGACAGUACACCCUCUAAAUUAUCCAAUGUCAAGUGCUCUUGCUAUAGAGGCCCGUGCAAAGGCUGAAGCUGCACGAAUAAAGGCUCAAUACGCAAAACGUCAAAUUGAGAUGGAAGUGGAGAAAGCACGCAUGGAUGCCACAUUGAAUGCUUUGAAAGAAGAAGGUGAAGCUGAGGCUGCAUUAGCGGCUGCAGAAGUGUCUGAGGCAGCAGCAGAUCUCGAUGAAGAGAACGAAAAGGAACUUAGUUGUUUUUCAUCUGCACGAGAUAAAUUACAGCGUACCAAGGAAUAUGUGAAUGCACAUUUCAUUGACAAACAAGAGAACAUUACUGGUCAACAAGACAACACAAAUGAAGAAAAACAAACAGUUCAAGCGACACAGCUGUCACAACCACAAAGUACCGAGGUUCUGCAGCCUGCACAUUCUCAACAUGUAGUACUCAACACUAAACAGAACUACCACCAGCAAGACGCUUUGCCUGCAGUUAAAGCUGCAUUCCAUAGAGAACCUCAAGAUAUACGUCCUUCUCAUUAUGACAGGAAGGCCUACAACACCUUUCUACCACAACCCACAACCAGAUCUUCUGAUGCGUCUGAUCUCGCUACAUACUUAGCUAGGCGAGACCUCAUCCUGUCAGGGCUAAAAAUGUUCGACAAUCGACCAGAAAAUUAUUUAUCAUGGAGAGCCAGCUUUUGUGACUCCAUAGAGGGGCUGAAUCUCAAACCCAGCGAGCAGCUAGACCUACUCACCAAGUGGCUUAGUGGAGAGUCACUGCAACAUGCAAAAAGAAUUAGAGCAGUCUACAUCAGCAACCCAGCUACCGACCUGAAGAUGGUAUGGCAGCGUCUGGAUAGAAGUUUUGGAUCUCCAGAGGCCAUUGAAGCCUCUCUGUUCAAAAGACUAGAGGACUUCCAGAAAAUUCAGAACAAAGACUAUAAGGGACUGCAAGAACUGGCAGACUUACUUCUAGAAAUUGAGGCGGCUAAGUCUGGGGGAUAUUUACCUGGGCUCACUUUCCUCGAUACAGCUAGAGGAGUAAACCCCAUAGUGGAGAAACUUCCAUACAGUCUGCAAGAACAAUGGAUGACCCAGGGGUCAAGGUACAAAAGGGAACAUCUGGUUCCAUAUCCACCUUUUUCAUUUUUUGCUGAGUUCGUGCAAAAUCAUGCCGACAUGAGAACAGACCCCAGCUUUGCGUUCCAGGCUUCUAGCAUAACACAGCGAAGAGCAGAGAGUCUUCCAGCAAAACCAUGGAAGAUGAAAACUCCUGUUUCAGUCAACAAAUUGGAAGUAAAGCACCUUCCUUUAGACCCUGACAACAAACUUAAAGAGGAUCCAAACAAGCUGUGCCCUAUUCACCAUAAGCCACACCCCCUCAAGAAGUGUAGAGGUUUCAGAGAAAAGCCACUUGAGGAAAGGAAAAGGUUUCUGAAAGAACAUUUCAUAUGUUUCAAAUGUUGUGCCUCAACCGCUCAUCAAGCCAGAGACUGUAAAGCUGACAUCUGCUGUUCAGAAUGCAAGAGUAGUCGUCAUGUCACAGCUCUGCAUGACGGUCCACCUAACCUGGCAGACAAGCGGUCCAAUUCACCUACCACAGAGCAAGGCAGGGAGCAAUCGGACCAGGCUGACACGUAUGUAGCCACUUCAAGUUGCACAGAGAUCUGUGGAGAGAACCUUAAAGGUAAAUCCUGUUCCAAGAUGAUUCUGGUAAAUGUCUACCCGCAGGGACACCCUGACAAGAAGAAGAAAAUGUAUGCAACUGUACACACUUACAAGACCAACAUCUUGGAAAAUGGAAGACCCAGCUACUUCCAACCAUGUGAAAGCAGCAUGCAUGUGAAGGAGAAAUUCAGAGAUGAAGUACGUAGACCUCUUCCUGACACACUGGAUGCAUGCAUCUUUGGUCUUUCAGGGGAUGAUGACAAACUCGCACCCUCAGUUGAAGAUGAAACAUUCCUCCACAUAAUGAACAAAGAGUUCUUCAAGGACAAUUCCAAUAGUUGGGUGGCUCCUUUGCCAUUCCGUAGCCACAGACAACGUCUACCUAACAAUCGGGAGCAAGCCCUCAACCGUCUUAUGUCUCUUCGCCGAACACUACUGAGGAAACCGGAGAUGAAAGACCACUUUGUGGAAUUCAUGAAGAAAAUCUUCAGCAACAGACACGCCGAGCCUGCCCCUCCAAUGAAGAAUGACCAAGAGUGCUGGUAUCUAACAAGUUUUGGAAUCUAUCAUCCCCAAAAACCAGGGGAGAUCAGAGUCGUGUUUGACUCGAGUGCACGGUUCAACAACGUGUCUCUCAAUGAUGUGCUGUUGCGGGGUCCUGAUCUUAACAACAGUUUGGUUGGAGUACUUAUGAGGUACAGGUGCGAACCAGUUGCAGUCAUGUCGGACAUUCAGCAAAUGUUCCAUAGUUUUAUGGUCACAGAAGAUCAUCGCAACUAUUUAAGAUUCUUGUGGUUUCAUGACCAUAAGCUUGAUGGGGAAGUGAUGGAGUACUGCAUGAAGGUCCACGUGUUUGGCAACUGUCCCUCACCGGCAGUAGCUAUGUAUGGGCUAAAAAGGACUACUUUGGAAGGAGAGAAGGAAUUUGGUGCUGAAGCUAGAUGUUUUGUGGUACAUCACUUCUAUGUGGAUGAUGGGUUGAAAUCAUUUCCCAGUGCAAAAGAGGCAACUGAUGUACUGAAAAGAGCGCAAGACAUGUUGGGCCAGUCCAACCUCAGACUCCAUAAAAUCGCAUCCAACAGCCCUGAGAUUAUGAGAGCCUUUCCAGAAGAAGACCUUGCCAAAGGCCUGCGAGACCUAGACAUUGGCCAAGAUUCUCCCCCUAUGCAACGCAGUCUUGGUCUUGGUUGGGAUCUGUCCACAGACACUCUUACUUUCCAUGUAGCAGCCAGUGAAAAGCCUUUCACACUGUCGACCAUCAACAGCUUGUUCGACCCUCUUGGAUUUGCUGCACCCGUUAGCAUCCAAGGCCGUUCUAUCCUGAGAGAACUUACAACCGAAGCCUGUGACUGGGAUGCUCCACUUCCAAAGGAAAGACAAGGAGAAUGGCUACAGUGGAAGAACUCGCUACAAGACCUUCAAGGACUGAAGAUUCCUAGGAUGUAUACAUCACUGCCAUUCUCGAUGGCUCAGAAAAAAGAGAUUUAUGUGUUCUGUGACGCAUCUAUCAAGGCUAUCGCAGCUGUUGCAUAUCUUAAAAUCACAACUGCAGAGGGACAGAAUGAAGUGGGGUUUGUUUUUGGCAAAGCAAAACUGGCUCCAAAGCCUGACCUCACAGUUCCCAGACUUGAGCUUUGUGCGGCCGUACUCGCGGUCAAGAUGGCAGAGACCAUUCUAGAAGAGCUGGACGCAAAAGUGGAUGAUGUACAAUUCUUCUUGGAUAGCAAGGUAGUGCUUGGCUACAUAUCCAAUGAGUCAAGACGAUUCUAUAUGUAUGUACACAAUUGAGUCCAACGCAUUAGGCGAUCCACACGUGUUAACCAAUGGAAUUAUAUUCCUACUGACCAAAACUCAGCUGAUAUUGCUACAAGGGCUAUUCCAGCCAAUCAGCUUACACUCUCCUGUUGGUUGACUGGACCUGCUUUCCUCACUGACUCAUCAGAGAGUCAUUUGUCUGCAGACACUUUUGAUCUCAUCAAUCCAGGAACAGAUGUAGAGGUACGACCAGCAGCCACUGCAUGUGUUACUAAACUCUCAGUGGAGGAGCUAGGCACUGCACGCUUUGAGCGUUUUUCUAGUUGGACAUCUCUCUUAAGAGCUUUGGCUAGGCUCUCACACAUUGCACACUCCUUCACUGCAGCAUCGAAAGACAGCACCUGUGUAGGGUGGCAUGUGUGUGAAAAACCACUAACUAAAGAGCAGCUUGACCACGCCAAGGUGAGAAUUAUUCUCAGUGUGCACAGACAAGUGUACAGUGAAGAGGUGCACUGCAUUAAGACUGGAAGGACUGUUCCAAAGCGAAGCCCCCUCAGCAAACUCUGUCCAUUCAUGGAUUCACAUGGCCUCCUCAGAGUUGGAGGACGUCUCUCAAAAUCAGGACUGCCAUCUGAUGAAAUCCAUCCAAUUCUUGUUCCUGGCAAACAACAUAUUGCUACAUUGGUGAUCAGGCACUUUCAUGAGAAAGUUCACCAUCAAGGUUGGCAUUUCGCAGAAGGCGCCAUAAGAGCGGCCGGAUUUUGGUUAGUUGGAGGAAAGCGAUCUAUCAGCAGUAGAAUCUUCACUUGUGUGACUUGUCGCAAGCUACGUGGCAAGCAAGAAGAGCAGAAGAUGGCAGACUUGCCUGCUGAUCGUCUGAGUAUGGAUCCCUCGUUUACUUAUGUAGGGCUAGAUGUGUUUGGUCCUUGGCUCGUAACGUCACGAAGGACGAGAGGAGGCCAUGCGAACAGCAAACAGUGGGCCGUCAUCUUCACAUGUAUGAGCUUUCGGGCAAUACACAUUGAAGUGGUGGAAGCAAUGGACACGUCUUGCUUCAUUAAUGCUCUGAGGCGUUUUUUUGCAAUCCGAGGUCCGGUGAAACAAUUGAGGUCAGACUGUGGAACUAAUUUCGUAGGAGCCUGCAAAGAACUUCAAAUCGGCUCUCAAGGACACAACAAGCAAAUUGAGACCUUCCUGCAAGAAAGGGAGUGCACAUGGCAGUUUAACCCGCCACACGCCUCACACAUGGGUGGGAGUUGGGAGCGCAUGAUCGGGAUCACGCGGUGCAUCCUGGAUGCUAUGCUCCUCAGACAUGGAACUGUGAAACUGACCCAUGAAGUUCUCACAACAUUCCUUGCAGAGGUCACUGCAAUAGUGAAUACGAGACCUGUAACUGCAGUCUCAACAGAUGCAGAUCACCCACUCAGUCUCACUCCAGCUACUCUUUUAACCCAGAAGAUUGGAGUGCCUCCUUUACCCCCAGGCCAGUUUGAUGACAAAGACCUCUUUAGACGUCAGUGGCGGCAGGUCCAGAGUCUGGCCAACACCUUCUGGGAACGUUGGAAAAGGGAAUAUAUCAGCAAUCAACAAGGACGGCGCAUAUGGAAAAAUGAAAAGCCAAACAUUCAGGCAGGAGAUGUUGUCCUGCUGCGAGAAAAGCAGACUAAAAGGAGCUAUUGGCCUAUUGGACUAGUUACGGACACUUUUCCUAGUGAUGAUGGAAAAGUAAGGAAGAUCGAAGUGAGGGUCAUCAGAGACGGCACAGAGCGACUGUUCCUACGACCUGUUUCAGAGGCUGUCUUCCUCACUUCUAAGGACUCUCAUAAGUGACUGUAUUAAUGUAUCUGUCUUACUUGCAUAGUUAUCUUUAAUGUUUCAAGUUCUGGUUGGUUUGACAUCUCACUGAUGCCAGGCGGGGAGUGUUCUGCCUCUCCUACACAUAGACAGAGAGUAGACCCCUAUGUGGUUAAGGUAGUGAAGCGCCAUCUGCUGGGCUUGUUCGUGUUAAGUGCAGGUGCUUAAUAAAGUUAUCAGGUUUUGAAUCAUCCAUCUUGAA